ACUACCGUCGCAUGUUGUACUUGUGGCUUGUGCACCAUUCGCAAGGUUAUGGCAAGGUGUACAGGUCAAAGUCAACGUUAGAGAAAUGAGAGAAAAGAAAUGAACUUGUGAAGAGAAGAUUACAAAACUGCGAAAUGUCAUACAAAGCUAGGGUUAUAUCUGCUUGAAUUUACAUUUUGAUGCAUGACUUUGUGUUUGGACGCAUUGCAUGACACUUCAUCUGUCAGUGAGCUGCCCAAGAAACCAGAAUGUGGAGACCAUUUUAUAAUAAAUUAGAGUCACUUGGCUCGGGAGUUAAACGUUUCAGUUUUGACACUGUGUUUCUGGGACGCUUCCUGAGGCUGCAGAAGGUGAUGUUUCCAGGAGUGACAUCGAUCACAGUUCUCCUGUUCAUCUUUCUUCUCACCAUCCUGCUGUUACAGGAAGUAGUCACAUACAGUGUGGGUUUGCUGCCAUCUCGUUUCUACAAAGUGUUGGGUGAAAAGGAUAUGCCAGGGUUCAAGACAGAGCUCAUCUUUGCGACUAUACUCAUUUGUGCAAUUGCAUUUAUAAAGAGUACGGGUCAGUACACCAGCUCCCUACUUUAUGUAACUUGGAGAAAGUUUGUGUGCAAUAGGCUUCAUCGCAUAUACUUCCAGGACUCAAACUAUUACAAGCUUAAUGUAUUGGACAACACCAUUGACAAUCCAGACCAGAGAAUUACGCAGGAUGUGGACAAGCUUUGCAAACAGUUCAGCCAGGUUGUGCCUGAGCUUCUUAUUUCUCCAUUCACGAUCGCAUACUACACAUAUCAAGCAUGGAAGAGCACUGGUUGGCUGGGACCGGUCAGCGUCUUUGUGUUCUUCGUCGUGAGCACGGUGGUGAACAAGCUUCUCAUGUCUCCCAUAGUCAACCUCGUUGUCCAGCAGGAGAAAAACGAGGGCAAUUUCAGGUUCAAGCACAUGCAGAUACGCGCAAACGCCGAGUCGGCAGCAUUCUACAAGGCUGACAGGGUCGAGGAGGCACGGACCAAUCAGAAGCUGGACUUGCUGUUAGACAUACAAGCACGGCUGAUGAACCGGGAAUAUCUCCUACAUUUUUCGAUAAACUUCAUUGACUACAUCGGGAGCAUUCUGAGCUAUGUUGUGCUGGCGAUACCAAUAUUUGCUGGUGUUUAUGAUGACCUAAAUUCGGCUGACCUCUCUGCACUCAUUAGCCAGACUGCAUUUGUAUGCAUCUAUCUCAUCUUUUCAUUCACACGCCUCAUAGACCAGUCUGUGAAGCUGACAGAUAUUGCUGGAACGGCACACAGGAUAGGAGAGUUAAUAGAGGUCAUUCAACGUGUGGAAAAGCCCAACACUAUUAACAGUAGUAGCUCUAGUGGAUUUGACAGCAGUGCUACUGCAGAAUCACUCAUGGAUAAGAGUGUCACGUGCAUGGAGCAUGUGCGACUCGCAUACAAACUAGAGAAUGUCAGUUACGCACCACCGAAUGACGACAAGCUUUUAGUAAAAGGUCUGAAUAUGCAGAUCAUGGGUGGCGUGAACAUUCUUGUGACUGGAGACAGCAGCUGUGGCAAAACCUCACUAAUGCGCAUCUUGGCCGGGCUCUGGAACUCUGCCUCAGGUAAAGUUGAGCAGAUGAUUAAAAUUGGUCCAAGUGGAAUGCUAUUUCUUCCUCAAAAGCCAUUCUUAAGUGAUGGUAGUCUGAGGCAGCAGAUAAUAUACCCAUUCAAAGACAGCUAUGCUGGAACAGGUUCAGAAGAGGAUGCGAAAAUAUUAGAGUAUUUGAAUCUAGUCGACAUGACCACACUACUGGAAAGGACUGAGGGUCUGGACACUUACCAGGAAUGGAACUGGUACGACGUACUGUCUCCGGGAGAGAUGCAGAGGCUAUCGUUUGUUCGACUCUUCUUCCAUUCGCCCAUGUUUGCAGUUCUCGAUGAAGCUACCAGUGCAGUGUCAGCCAACAUGGAAAAGACACUCUACGCUACCUGUCGGCAGCUAGGGAUAACUUUGGUGAGUGUUGGACAUCGUGCAUCCGUGAGGCAAUAUCAUGAUGUUGAACUGAACCUAGAUGGCACUGGAGGUUGGAAAAUGGAUCCCAUUAAGACAGAGUCACCCAGUGAACAAGAGCUUUCUAACCAUCUGUGAUUUCAUUUGAUAUAUAAUAGCAAGUUGCCAUUAAUUAUUGAUUUAUGUGCCCCAGAAUUUAUAUGAGAAAUUAUUUUUGUAUAAUUAUUAUUUCGUGCAGUCUGUAUAUAGACAAAAAGUCUAUAGGAGAUUUUUGUACAAAUCUCUGUUUGUGAGCUAAAAUUAAAAACGUGGAUAAGAAGUUUUCUGUGGAAUAGCAUUCUAUCGUCCAUCUACCCUGUCGUUACCAGUUCUAAGCCUUAUUAACUACACUUCAUGAUACUGCCAUCACGUUACCUACCGGUUGAAUAUUGGCAGUACUGUCAGAGGUGUAUUAAUUGCUGCCAUCUGGCUAGAGGCAAUCCACAUGCUCUUUGUCAUAGGCAAGCUCAAACCUGAAGGGACUGUAAUUUCCCAACCGAAGAUUCUUGCUGAUAAAUCAGGUCAAUUGUGAUAUCACAAAGCAGUUAAGUUAUCAAAGAGCUAUUGUGGUGUCACAUAGUAGUUGUCAUAUAACAGCACAAUUGGAAUAUCACAGAGAAAUUAGGAUGUCGCAGAGCAGUUGGGAUAUCACAGCGCAAUUGUGGUGUCAUACAAAGAUUGUGGUCAUGCCAUAUGCAUUGCCAAUUUCCAAUUGCCACGGAUGCCCUGUAUCACCUCUGUACUGCUUAUCGGUCACACAGCCACGUCAGGCUGUGUUUAUUGUUGGACCCUGUAGUGCUUACACAUCAUGUGUGCAGACUAGCACAACAAAUGGCAGAUUGUGUGAACAUGCUAUGCUGGUGAACACGGCAGAAGUUGACCAAACAUUAGAGGGUGCUGUGAGUGGAUUGCAACUAGUUUGUAUAUUGUGCACUCUACUAUAUUUCCAACAGGUGGCGGCAGCUUAGUUCAGAUCAUUCGGUUUACAGACAGUGACAAAACGUUUGUACUAUUAGGUCGAGUACUACUUUUUAAAAAGUAGUACUAAAAAGUGCUAUUAGUGAAUGGGUUGAAACUUCCAUCUAGCAGGAAUUCUCAAAAAAAAUUCAUAUACCGUUCAAUUACAAUCAAGAUGAGGCCAGUUUACAUGUUCAUUAAAUGAAAUGCGUAGGUACCAGAUAUACUCUGCUACCAGUUUGAAUAUGUAAUUGUGUCAAUCAUUGUGUGGUAAAUAUUUUUUAAACUCAUGUAUGUUGACCCGUCGCGUGUCUUGUUAUAGGUUUUAUAAUGUUGCACAGUUGCAACUACAGGUGCGUUGAUAUAUGUUGCACCUAUAUAGUCUCGAUGUGGCGCGUGCGCGAGGUAAUGGCAUAUCAGCUAGAGUGUUACCAGAGACACAAAUAUAUCUAACCAAUACUUUGCUAUGCUGUGUUAUGAAAUGCCAUGGUGGCAUGUCAAUGUGUGUCCGAGGUAACCUUGCCUCUCAUAUCUGGUGCUCAGUAGUGACUAUGGCCUACAGUGCAUUACGGCUAUAUUAAAAUCUUUGUGACGCCUAUGAAAAUAAAAAAAACGUCUUUAUCACACACGCACACACACACGCACACACACACGCACGCACGCACGCACGACUCGUAUUCAAUGAAACCGUCAAACGUAAUCCAGUGGAGGCUAUUGUUCCCAUAGCUAUAGGUGAAUGCACACAAAACUACCAAAUCAGCAUAUAUAUACCUUGUCAACCUCUAGCCGUUGUAUGACAUGUCUAUGUUGCAGGAGUACAAUUUUAUAGCUAUAUAGUGUGAUGUUCAUGUUGACAGUAAAUGUGCCAAAACAUUACCAAAGUCGUUAGAUUAGAAAUGGUCACGGCUAUGCCCAAAUAUGGUUAGAUCCAUUCCAUGAUGCGAAAAUAGUCAGAUCACAGUGGUUACAGAAUUGCAGUAAAAAGAGGAUGGAAUUAGUACCAGGAGUAAAUAAUAGGAGGAUACUUUACGCCUGCUUGUGUAUUGUGGGUUGAGUGUUGUAAACUAUGAGUAUCAUGAGUUUUGGAAUUCGACCUUUUAUUCAGUAUCAGUGUAAGGGGAGUAGAGUAACGCCGUAGACUAUUCCUAGUUUACCUAAGCAGAUGUGAUAUAUUACUACUAGUCUGUCGCGAACAAAUUUUUUAGCAAUAUUAAAAUCAUUCGAUGGCAAAACAA